CGCUGCGUAAGCAUUCCUUUUUGAGGGAUCUGCAUAUAAACGACUGCGAGUUUAUUUUCGAUGACCAGUUGCCGACCUGAUGGCACGCCUGUCUUGAACUGAACAUCAUGGAGCUGUUGGGGUAUGAUUUGUCCAUGACUUGGAUUCUGGCGAUUGGUGCUGUGUUUGUGUAUCUAUGGUAUGAUUGGUGGUGUCAUCAUUAUUUCCAGAGACGAGGCAUCCCUGUAGCUGACUAUAUUCCUAUCUUUGGGAACAGGCUGCAAUGGCGUGAGGGAAUUCGGCAGGCUAUGGACGACUAUCACAAGAAGCAUGGAAAGGUGGUCGGGAUGUACGAUUUUCAACGCCCAAUUCUGAUUGUCAGUGAACCCGAAUUCCUGAAGAGUAUCCUGGUCAAGAAUUUCUCCAAUUUUCCCAACCAUCGGAAUCCGCCUAUGGUUAUCUUGGACCCGUCCCCAGUCGGCAGAGGCAUGUUCUUCUUGGUUGAUAACGACUGGAGAAACAUCCGCAACACGCUGACACCGUCAUUCACCGCAGCUAAAAUGAAAUAUAUGUCUCCACUGAUCAACGAGUGUUGUGAUACUCUACUUACAAGUAUCAGCAAUGCACGAAGUGAAGGCAAGGCCAUAGACUGCAGAACGUUGUUUGGUGGCUUCACCAUGGACGUGAUUGCGUGCUGUGCCUUCGGUCUGAGUGUGAACUCCCAACAGGACAAGGAUGAUCCGUUUGUCCAGAAUGCUAAGCUUCUCUUAGACGGCAGGGGCUUCAGAAGUAUUUCGGCCUUUAUUCUGUCUUCCUUUCCAUUCCUGGCACCCGUGUUUGCUUACUUCAGAGUUGGCUUAUUUUUCGACCCAUCGGCUGUGAAGUUUUUCCUUGGAGUGACGGAGUCUGCGCUCAAGAUGCGCAAUGAGGAGGGUGGCAAAUCCUCCAAACGUAUUGAUCUCUUGCAACUGAUGCUGAAUGCUCACAAUGACACUGAUGUCGAUCAGGAAGACACGCCCGUCCCAGGGGACGGCCCAGAAAGGGGCGUGAUCCAACGCAAGCCCCUGUCAACCAGAGAUAUUAUGGCUCAGGCGGUUCAGUUCUUCCUGGCUGGGUACGAGACCACGAACACGCUUCUGACCUUCACUGCUUUCGUGCUGGCUACCAACCAAGAUGUGCAAGAGAAACUGCACGCAGAGAUUGACAACCUUGAUCCCACGAAAGGCAACCUCGGCUAUGACGUCAUCGGCAAGAUGGAGUACCUGGACAUGGUGAUCAGUGAAACACUGCGCAUGUAUCCCCCGUUAGCCUUGCUUAACCGGGUCUGCAAUGAGACAGUAUGUUGCGAUGGCCUCGUCAUUGAAAAAGACAUCCACGUGUUAAUUUGCGUCUGGAACCUUCAUCAUAGCGAGGAAUACUGGAACAACCCGUACAAAUUUGAUCCUGAAAGGUUCAGCCCUGAGAACAAGGCCUCCAUCAAACCGUACACCUACAUGCCGUUUGGCUUCGGUCCAAGAAUCUGCUUCGGCAUGCGCUUUGCCUUGCUGGAAGGCAAGAUGGCGCUGGUCCGUAUGAUGCAGCAGUAUCGUUUCGAUGUCUGCUCUGAAACUGAGAUUCCGAUUCCGCUCAGCAAGACUGGACUUAUUGCUCCCAAGAAGCUGAUGUUGAACAUCCUGCCGAGGAACUAAAACCACCUCACCGUGUGUGUUUUUGUUUUCUGAUUUUCGAAGCAUCACUUGUUCUCUAGGGGCAGUUUUCACGAUAUUUCUUUUAAUUAUUUUGAGCCUUUUGUAGACUUUUUCUCGAUGCCCCUUAUCGCCAAACAUGGGUACACCCCUUCCCGUACAAUAUGUUUAAAGAGAGUUAAGUACAAUUAAAC